AUGCUUCCUAUAUUCCACCGGCGUUUGGAAAGAGUUAGGCAAAGGCAAGAAAAUAGAGGUCUUGUUUUGUAUAGGCGUCAUUUGAGAGAUCACAGUAAUCCAUUCGAUAUUCCUGAAGAACGGUUUAUUGAAUUGUAUAGACUGAAUAAAGAGUUGGCAAGGUGUAUUCAGCAAGUUACACAAGCAAUUGAGACUACCAUUGCAAUACAUGAGGUGACAUUUCCAACUAGUGAAAUUGAACAUAAUAGAAUUAAACAUUCUUUCAUGGAUAAGUUUGGAUUUCCUGGAGUUAUUGGAUGUGUGAAAGGGCUACUAUUCUCUAAAUACACAAAUUAUUUGUGAUGAUAAUUUAAAAAUUUUAAGCCUGAAUGCAAAUUUUCCAGGAUCAAAUCACGAUAGCUACAUAUGGAGGCACACAAGAGUCAGGCAAUAUUUAUUACAACAAUAUCUUCAAAAUAGAUUAAGGGGAUCUUGGUUAAUAGGAGACUCAGGUUAUAUGUUAGAACCUUUCCUGAUGAUCCCCUUUAUAAAUCCUCUAGAUGGCUCACCGGAGUCUAGAUACAAUCAGUGCCAUAUUAGGGCGAGAAAUUGUGUUGAAAGAUGCAUAGGAGUAUGGAAAUAUAGAUUUAGGGCGUGUCUACAAGAAAGAACAGCAAAGUAUUCACCAAGUUUUGUAGGCUCCUUAGUUAAUGCCACAGCAGCUUUGCACAAUUUAUGUAUAAGAUUCAAUGUCCCUUUAUUGGAAGCUCCAUUAUUAGAAAAUGACCAAGUUAUUGGUCACAUUCAUAAUGUAGAACAUGAGUUGCAAAGGCAGGC